AUGGACGAGGCCUGCACGAGCUUCUUCUCCGACUGCGCUACAGACACCUUGGUCGAGAUCCUGCGGCGGCUCUCACCGGCCUCCAGCCGGCGAUGCCGCCUCGUCUGCCGCUACUGGCGCGCCACCAUCGACGAGCGCACCAAGAGCCUCCUGCCGCAGAGCGACGCCAAGACCCUCCUCGUGGGAGACGGCUCUGCCCACGUCCUCGGCGAUGGGUGGAGCCUCAAGAGGGUGAUGGCCAGCCCCCGCAGCCGAAGAAUGAAUGUGGUCGGCACACGCAACGGCCUGCUUUGCCUCUGCGACGACAGCAAGCCCGGCGGCGCCAUCCUCCUGGCUAACCCGUCGACCGGCGAGAAGCUCGCCCUCCCGCUGCUGACGCGCGCCGAUAUCUCCUCGUCCGACUCUUGGCACCGCGCGUACAGCUUCGCCCACCAUGAGAGGACGGGGCGGCACACGGUUGUGCACGUCCCGUUCUGCUGCUGGGCCUGGGAAUUCCCCAGGUUGCAGGUUUUCACGCUCGGGGAGGCGUCUUGGCGGGACGUCGCGACGCCGGCGAUCAACGUGGGUUGUCGAUUGGGCGCCGGCGUCGUCAGCGUCGAUGGCGGCGCGACGUACUGGGUCGCGCAGGGCUCUGGCAGGAUCGUGUCGCUGGACCUCGAGGACGAGCGUGUCACGUCAGUCAGUGCGCCGCGCAUACCUGCCGGAUUUAGGAGCAGCUUCGAGCUCGUCGGAGUGCACGGGAGGCUGGGCGUGACCGUCUGUGACGAUGGCUCGCGGCUCGGGACGUCGAAAACUAAGGUGUUGGUUCUUGAGAGCGUGAGUGGACAACAUCGGUGGGCAUGCUGGUACUAUGUGGAGUUGGACAGGUGUCUGCAAUCGCCGUUGAAGCCACACUUCAUGCACGGCGAGUACCUACUGAUGAAGGGGCUUCAUGCUGUGUGCGCCAACAAGCCAAGCGGCAAGUGGAGAUCACGGCAUGGCGAUGUCCUGCUCAGUAGGACUGACCAAGGCAAGGAUGUCUACAUUGGUGAUAUCUACCGAGCAUUCCCCUAUGUCGAGACCGAUGAGCCAUUGCGGCAAUACAAGCUCUGGUGA